AUGAAUGAGCAUGUGCCGGGAAUUUUGCAGGUCAUCAUUUUUUUAACUGAACCAUAGGUUUGUGUAGUAGAUCAUUAGAAAUAAACCAAUCCAUGCAAUAGGUAAUAUUAAUACAUUAUCUCCCAUGAUUAAUUAUAUUUUAGUCAAGUAGUAAAGUACAUUAGAUUGCAACAAUGGGUGGUUCAAAUUCACAUGAAUUAGCUGAAAAACAUGUCGUGAUUAUUGGAGGAGGCUACGGUGGAAUGCACACAGCCAUUAAAUUGAAAGGAAAAUGUAAAAUUACUUUGAUUGACCCCAAAGAUGGAUUGCACAUAAACUUUGCAUCCCCAAGAGCCUGUGUUGAACCAGGCUUUGCCAGAAAGACUUUCAUUCCAUAUGCACCAGUAUUAGGUGAAAUAUUCAAGAAGGGAUGGGUACAGGAGAUAAAGAUAUCAGAAAAAUGUGUUGUUUUGGAAGAAGGCCAAGAAGAAAUUGCAUAUGACUACUUAGUGAUUGCAACAGGAACAAAAGGGGAUUUCCCUGGUAAAAUCAAACGAGAAACCAGCGUCAGUGAAGCAAUCACACAAUAUGAAAAGCAGAUAGAGUUGAUCAAAAGUGCACAAAAAAUUACUGUGAUUGGUGGCGGUGCAUCAGGGACAGAGUUGGCAGGUGAGAUUGUUGUGGAUUACCCAAAGAAAGAGGUCACCAUGGUACAUUCUAGUGAGGUGUUGAUCAGUCCAUUGAUGGGCCAAUCAUUCAGAGACAAAGUACAUAAUCAGCUCCAGGCUUUGGGAGUCAAGAUGGUUUUAGGAGAAAAAGUGACAAAUCUCGGUGAACUCCCAGUGGAUGAAUCGGCAAAGUGUGUUGUGAAAACUGACAAAGGAUCAGAAAUUGAAGCUGAUUUAGUUAUUGUCUGCAUAGGAUUGAAGGUGAACUCAGAUGUCUACUCCAAAGCAUUGGGUGAUUGUAUGGAUGAGAGUGGUAGCUUGAAGGUUCGUCCCACACUUCAGGUCGAGGGUCAUGACAAUAUCUUUGCUGUGGGUGACUGUGCAAACAUCGACAAAAUCAAGAUGGCGUAUAAGGCCGAACGGCAUAGUAGAGUUGUGGCUAAAAAUAUCCAGGCUCUGGCAACCUCUUCCACACUAAACAACUAUGUAGAAGGUAAGACCGUAUUACCCGUGUAUAUGAUAAUAUAAUUGGUGAUCCACUUC